UUUACUUAGAAUUUUAGUUAAAUAUUCGUAUAAUCUGUUAUAAAUUAUUCGUUUAGGAGGCCAGGAGAAAGUAGUAAGUCUCUAGUUAUUUUAUAAGUAUAAUUCACCGCUUUUAAAUAUCGGAACAAUUUUAGCUAUUUUUAAUUUGUCUGAUACAACACCUGUCUUUGAUGACUAAAAUAUUUUGAGUAGAGGUUUUUUUAUUAUCGUCAAGACGUUUAAUUUUAUUUUUAAUAUUAUUUCCUUUUGAAAUAAAUUAAACGGAUUUAUUUGACUAUAAACGAAUCUGAUGCUAUUCGCACUUAUCAACUCAAUUACCAAGUAUUAUAAAUCGUAAAUCUUUUAUAAGCAAAGUUAAAUUAGGAAAGAGUAAAACCUCCAAUAACCCCCAUCCCACUUUCCCUUCUGCCUUACCCCUAAUAAAAAAAAAUUCCUUUCGCAUUAAACAGCGAAAACAAAGUAUUUUUAAAAAGGUGUGGCACCGUAUUUUAGAAGUUUUUCCGUUCUAUUUAAAGGUGUAAAAAACUUUACAAAAUUUUUUAAGGUAAAAAAGGCAUUUUUCAAAGAAAAUUUAACUUUAACCUCUAAAACCUAACUUUAAUCUAAACCUAACAUUAACCUAAACCUAACUCUAACCCAGUGGCGUAACUAUAAAUUUAAGACCUCCCCCCACCAAAAAAGUAAAAGGGGCUCCUUUACUUUUUUACUUUACUUUAAGUUUUUUCAACGUUUAGAAAUUCUAACCGUUCUAAAUUAGAAUGUAACUUUUUUUUAAAAAUGCCUGCUAUUCUGAUGAAGAUAAAGUUUCUUCUGACUUUCAAAUAAAUGGUAUUGAAGAGGAGGUUAAUAUCUUUGAAAAUGAAAAUGAAGAAAAUGAAGAUGUUGAUUUUGAUGAUCUAGAAGAUAAGUUUUUUAUGUCAUCUGUCAAAGAGGAUAAAUUAAUCAAAGAUUUUGUUAUUUUUCUUGAAAGUAGAGAUGGAGGGUCAAAAGAUCAAAGACAAGCUAGCAAACAUAGCAAAAUUAUUCAAGCAAUUGUCAGAUACAAAGACAACAGUGAUAUUAACUUUGAUAAUUUGUUUGAUCGAAAGUUUAUGAAUGAUUGGCUUUCAAACAGUGUAAGUAUAACAGGUAAAAAAAGGUUAAAUGGUACUAUGAAAACUUACCAUGGCUCUGUGCAACAUUUUUUACGUUUCUUGUGUGUUACUGAGCGAAUUGGAUAUGAUUAUAAAAAAAUAAAGAAGUUUGAACCAGUUUUAAAAGCUUGGAAAAGAGAUUUAUGGAAAGGUAUCGAGGAGCGAAAGCAUAACAAAAACUUAGAAGAUCUGAAAAAAUUUCCAAAUCACGAUAAGAUAAGCAAUUUUGACAAGUCUGAAUUAAGAGCACUUUCAAUCUCAACUUUAAAAGAAUAUGUGUGUAAAGUAAAUAAUCCUAGCAUAACAAGAGCUGGCUUUUGCAAUGUGCGUGAUUAUUUGCUUACUCAUCUUGUUUUAAAUAAUGCUUCUAGACCUGGAGCAAUAGCAAACAUGACAUUAGAGGAGUUUCAUUCUGCUGAUAAGCAAGAUGGAUAUGUUGUUAGUGUAAAAAAACAUAAAACGUCUUACAAGGGACCAGCCCACAUUGCUUUCGAUAAAAAUUUAUUUAAAGAUACAGCAAACUACAUUAAGCAUGUUAGAGCCCAUCUUCCAGGUGUUUCAACAGCAAAGACUUCUCCAGUUUUUAUAAGUUGGUCAGGGUCAAAGAUGGAUUCAACCUUGGUUACAGGUUAGUUUAAUACUUACUGGUCAAAAGCAAUUGGUGAAACAUCUAAACAAAGGAAUAUUAAUCUUAAUUUAGUGAGAAAAUAUUCUACUACACUAAUUCAUGAAAAUCACAAAGAAAUGGCUAAAGAUGCAGCCAAUCAUUUGUGUCACUCCCUAAGUGUGGCUGAACAAAACUACAAUAUUAUUGAUAAGCAAAAAAAGGCAGCUUUGUUUUGUAAAAAUUGACAAUUUGUUCAGUGAGAAUAUGACAAUGAAUUAUCAAAAGAGCAAAUAAAUGAUCUUUUCAGUCUUGAGAUAAAAACUGGCUUUAUUAAUAAAAGCAUGGUUGCUGAAAAGUUAAUGUCAUAAAACCUUUCUAGUAGUGAAAGGCACGUAAAAAAAGUUUUGGAUUCAGUUCGCUACACAAUUAAAUGUAGUCUCAAAACAAAUAUGGAGCAAACAAGUAGAUCUUUUUUUAAAAAUUCUGAGUUAAAAGAAAAUUCAGACAAUCACCCUAUAUCUAGUUCUUCACAGCAGGUUUCUUGUUUAUCCUCUUCUGUGAUGUCGGAAGAUUAUUCAGAUUAUCAGUUAGAAUCCAAGGAAGGAUUUAAAAGAAUCAGAAAAGAAUUUACAUCAAAAGAAUUAUCGUUAAUAAAUAAGCAUUUUGCAAAGCCAUAUAUUUUGUCACAAAAACCAAUUUAUAAAGAAGAGUUUAACUCAUAUGUUGAUAAUAUUCUAGAGCUGAAAAAUUUGGUAAAAAAAUUUGGAUUGAGUACCUUGAUUGUAAAAGUAAAAACAGAAAGGAAAAAAUUGACAGAUUAUUAAACAAUAUUUAGUAUAUAUAAAUAUAUGUUGUUGUAAAAACAAUUUCUCUUGGAAUUUUUUAUGUUAUGUUUAUAUAUGAAAACUGAAAAAGUUACAAGGUCACAUUGAUUUUUUUUUAAAUAUAAAAUGUUAAUAUAUUAAAUUUUACUAUAGAUAAUAUGAAUAAGUAUCUAUAUUAUUUAAGUAAUGUAUUAGUUAAUCAAUAAUUCCAGCUCUUUUUUAAUAUAUAUUACUUCCAGUUUAACUUUUUUAAUAUAUCUUAAUAUAUAGUUUUUAUGCAUAGUUAAUUGUGAAACAGUAGUUUUUGAGAUUUCCUUUCAUUUUUUAAUAACCAUUUAUUAGCGAGGUUUUUUAUUUAGAACAAAGGGUUUUCCCUUUGUUCUAAAUAAAAGCUAUUCAAACCUUUUUUUUAAAUUUGCUAAAUUUUUUUUUUGAUAAUUUUUAAUAAAAGAAUUAUAGUUUAAUAAACUAUUUUCUUUUUUUAAUUUCAUAACAUUUUGUUUAAAUAAAGAAAGUUAUGACAUAACCAGUUCAUUUAGUUUAUUAAUAAUAUUUACAUAACAUUCAGUAAUUUUUCAUUAACUGUCAUUUAAAAGUGCAAAAAGCAGUCAAUAGCAGUUGUUUUUUUUAGCAGGUAAUAGCAGGUAUAUAAUUGAAAAUAAAGAGAAUUCAGUCUUAAUUGUAAGCUUAAUUAAGGUAACAACACUUUGAUAAUACUAAACUACCUAAUAAAAUGUGUAAACUUAUUUUUAGAUUGUCUUUUAAAAACUGUUACACAUUACUCUCUUGUAAUAUAUCUAUAUGGUGAUUUUAUAUUAACGGGUAAACUAUCAAAUCUCUGUUUAACUCAGCAUGUAGUUAUUAACAAAAAAAAAUUGCAAAACAGAUCAAUUUAAAGAAUUGCAUAUCCAACAUUCAUUUAAGUUCUAUUCAAAGGAUAGGAACAAGUCGAAAUUGGCAUCUAUGUCUAAGUGGAAUUCUCAAAAUGCAGGCUGAGCGCUAUUGAAGUUUAAUUUGAAAAAAAAAACGAGAUUACCUCAUACUAAUGGAGAACAAAAAAUUAAACUAUUGUGUCCUGUUUGAGUACGACGUUUUACGAUUAGGAAAUCAUUGACACAAUUUGAAAGCCAAUUAUUUAUAAAUUUUCGAUUAAAUAAAUUAUGAAAGUUUAUAUUACUGCUGUCUUUGGGCUAUUGUUUGAUUUUAAUUUUUUUUUUUUUAGUUAUUAGGACGCUCCAAGAAGACUACGGUUUUAUCAGAGAGCACCGCGAAAGUGUAUAUAACCGGAUGUUCACGUACCAAUAUUGUUUAUCUAGCCUGAACCGACAUUGAAUCUAAUUCUGAUUGUUAAAAUUGAAACACCUUUAAAAAAAUGUUUAUAGUUAUCAAA